AUGGGAUCCACAGUGUUGAUCCUCGGCUCAGUUUACCUAAGAAAAUGUCUUGACCUUCGAUACCUACUCGAUAUACUGACAGAGGUAAUUAAUGGCAUUAAAUCUUCUCGUUCAUACGAUAUAUUCAUUAUUAAUGAUGACUUGAAUGCCAGAGUAGGAUCUCUAAACCCCUGGCCAGAGAAAUUCUUCACAGGGCUUCCUCUAAACCCACUAACUUCUACAACAGAUCAAACAAUAUGUGACAGAAGAUGUCUGCUCAUGGACUUUAUGCUUGAUAACGACUUUAUUCUUCUAAAUGGCAGAACAAUUAGUUAUUCCCCCGCUCAGCCCACUUACGGUAAUCUUGGUACUUCAAUAAUUGACCUGGUUUCGGUCGACAUCUCUUCGCUUCACUUGAUAAUGGAUCUAGAAGUCAUUCUAGAACCAUCUCUCUCAGACCAUCGGCCUGUUCUUCUGACUAUUCAAACUGAAACACCUGUCCAACAUCUUGCCUGUUCUUCUCAAGUCACUCCAAGUAUAAGGAAAAAAAUUGUCUGGUCCGAGGAAGCUGAACCGAGAUACUAA